CUUUAAAAAUGAAAGUCCAAAAUAAGACAAAAAAGAAUCGUUAUUUUCAAGAAGAAAAGAAUGAAAAACCAAAAAAAUCCGAUUCUAGUACUGACGUCCAGGUUUUUAAUAUAAAAAUAACACCACAUACUAUAAAAAAACAAAGAUUUAAGGAAGCUCGUAUUGUAAAAAAUGUAGUUAAAAGGGAACGUGAUGUAAAAUUUCCCGGUAAAGCGCCUAUAGACCCGAGUUCAUUAGAGCGCCAUUCUAGAGGUGAAGGCUUGCAAGGGAGAGGAGUAAGACAUCCAUUAUAUGCAUUAAAAUUAAAAAAGAAAGAAAAUAAAUAUAAGUAUGCUCAAGAACAAGCAGCUCGAGCGGAAAUUCUUCUCACAGAAGAUCAAGGGUUAAUUGAAGUUGGUGAAGGUGAGAAAACAACAGCAGUCUCUCAGAAAAUAAUAGCAGAGAAUGUAGAUAUAGCUGCUGCAACAAAGAUAUUUGAUUUGAAGCUUGACUUUGGACCGUACCGAGCUAAAUAUUCACGCAAUGGUAGACAUCUGCUUCUGGGUAGUAAACAAGGUCACCUUGCUGCCUUUGACUGGGUUACCAAGAAAUUACAUUGCGAGAUUAAUGUAAUGGAGAGUAUUCAUGAUAUAAGUUGGCUUCAUGUAGAAACUAUGAUAGCAGUAGCACAAAAAGAAUGGCUAUAUAUUUACGAUAAUACAGGAACUGAGCUGCAUUGUGUCAAAAAAAUGGAUAAAAUACUUCGCAUGGAAUUUCUUCCUUACCAUUUUCUAUUGGCUGCUGUUAAUGAAUAUGGAUUUAUGACUUGGUUGGAUAUAUCCAUUGGAGAAAUAGUAGGCCACUAUAAUAAUCGUAUUGGAAGAACAACGGUUAUGACUCAAAAUCCUUAUAAUGCUACUAUUUGCUUAGGUAACUCUAAGGGUGUUGUUUCUCUAUGGGCUCCCAAUGUUAAAGAACCCUUGGCUAAGAUAUUAUGCCAUAAAACACCCCUUACAGCAAUCGCUGUUGACAAUAGAGGGAUGUACAUGGCAACUUCUGGUGUAGACAGAAGCAUGAAAAUAUGGGAUAUAAGAAAUCUUGAUGGUCCAUUGCAGCAUUACAAGUUAAGAACACCUCCUGUAGAUUUGAAUUUCUCACAAAAGGAAAUGCUUGCAGUUGGGCUUGGAGAUGUUGUUGAAAUAUACAAUAAUUGUUGUUCACAAACUACGGAAAAACCAUACCUAAGGCAUCGUAUGGCUAAAUCCAUAUGUAACUUUAACUUCUGUCCAUACGAAGAUGUUUUAGGAGUUGGAACAAGCAGUGGUUUUACAAGUAUUAUAGUGCCAGGAAGUGGUGAACCUAACUUUGACGCUUUGGAAAGCAAUCCCUUCCAAAAUAAGAAGCAAAGAAAAGAGGCCGAGGUUAAAGCUUUGCUUGAGAAAAUACCCGCGGAACUUAUUACUCUCGAUCCAUUUGAUGUUAUGCAAGUGGAUGUACCUUCAAUGAAAGACCAAAUGGAAGCAAAGAAGAAACUAUUGCAUAUUAAACCCAAGAAUGUCGAUUUCACUCCGAGGCAUAAAAACAAAGGAAAAACAAACAUAGCAAGGAAGAAAAUCAUAAAGAGUGCAAUGAGAAAGGAAAUAAUUGACCAAGCCAUUGAAGCUCAGAAGAUGUUAGAAGAACCGCAGAAGGAGAAAGAAUCUGCUCCAAAACAAUCAUUUGGAGUACUAGAUAGAUUUGUGCCAAAAAUUAAAUCGAAAAAAUAAAAUUAAACAUAAGUGUCUUUGAA